AGGAUCGCUUACGUUUUCUCUGAAAAGAUGCGUCACCUUGCUCUCCUGUUCUUGCUGCUCUUCGCUUUGGCAAUGACAGUGGAGGCACGCAAGAAGAAAACAAAAUCCAUUUGCUCAGGCAUGUUUGUAAACCGCAAUUUAGCUAAUCAAAGAUGCAGAGCAGCUUGCAAGAGAAAGAAGAAUCGCCCACAAGGAUACUGCAAAGUGAAGCGCGGUCGCCCUUGCUGUAUGUGUAGACGGCCCGGUCGUAAAAAUAGGGGUGGUAAAACGAAUUGAUUUCUUCUACCUAUCUUUUUCAAAGCAUUUUUGAAUCAGU